GGCGGCGGCGGCGGCUGAGGCGGAGGCGAGGGGUCCGGCCCGGCCCGGGAUAUUUGACGAUUGGGCCCCCAGCGUCUCUGCAUUCUGAUUGAUGUGUCUCACCUGAAGUCUUCGGGAGUUUACGAAAUGAGCCAGGGCCGGGGGAAGUAUGACUUCUAUAUCGGCCUGGGGUUGGCUAUGAGCUCCAGUAUUUUCAUCGGAGGGAGCUUCAUCUUGAAAAAGAAAGGUCUCCUCCGGCUAGCCAGGAAAGGAUCGAUGCGAGCAGGUCAAGGUGGCCAUGCCUAUCUUAAGGAGUGGCUGUGGUGGGCUGGACUUCUGUCAAUGGGAACCGGUGAAGUUGCCAACUUUGCUGCUUAUGCAUUUGCUCCUGCUACAUUGGUGACUCCUUUAGGAGCUCUCAGCGUCCUUGUAAGUGCCAUUCUUUCCUCAUACUUUCUAACCGAAAGACUCAAUCUCCAUGGAAAAAUUGGGUGUUUAUUAAGUAUUCUGGGGUCAACUGUUAUGGUCAUCCAUGCUCCAAAAGAAGAUGAUCUAGAAACAUUAAAUGAAAUGUCCCACAAACUAGGUGAUCCAGGUUUUAUGGUCUUCGCCACCCUUGUCGUCAUCGUGUCCCUGAUAUUAAUUUUUGUGGUGGGACCUCGCCACGGACAGACCAAUAUCCUCGUUUACAUAACGAUCUGCUCAGUGAUCGGAGCCCUGUCCGUCUCCUGCGUGAAAGGCCUGGGCAUUGCCGUGAAGGAACUGUUUGCCGGGAAGCCCGUGCUGAGCCAUCCACUGGCCUGGAUUCUGCUGCUGAGUCUUAUCGUUUGUGUAAGCACACAGAUUAAUUAUUUAAACAGGGCCCUGGAUAUAUUCAACACCUCAAUCGUGACGCCGAUAUACUAUGUGUUCUUCACUACGUCUGUUUUAACGUGCUCAGCCAUUCUCUUCAAAGAAUGGCAACAUAUGGCUGCUGAUGACGUAAUCGGCACAUUGAGUGGCUUCCUGACGAUCAUUGUGGGAAUCUUUUUACUGCAUGCCUUUAAAGAUGUCAGCAUUAGCUUAGCCAGCCUGGCCGUGUCCUUUCGGAAAGAGGAACGGGCGGUGAAUGGUGGGUUGUCCGGCCUGUAUGAAUGCCAUAGUAAUGACGAAGGAAGUGUAUCUCCCAUCACUGAACAGCAGCUUACUGAAAUCAACAUCUCCCGGAGAAAUGGAAACCUGGCAGCGUUUUGACACCGCUGAGCUCAUUAAAAAAGGAUUAUUCCAUGACUGGGUUUUGCGGUACAGUGAGUUUGUUUCAGAGCUUGUCUGGAAAUAGAAGUUGUUGUUUUAAAAUGCUGUGUAGAGACAAUCUAAUUUUUUAAAAGUUUGAUUUAUGCUGGACCAAGAACCAUAGCGUCUCUGUCCCUUUCUCUCCCUCUCGUCCUCUUUUUUCCUUUUUUGAAUGUAAGGCUGCUCACAGAAAGAAGAUUCAAUUCCAGAGUGGUUUCUUUUGAUUUAAAACUGUAAAAUUGUAAAGAUUUUUAAUUUUGCAUUUUCCACCCAAUUACUGCACUAACGACAAUUUCAAUUAUGAAAAUAAAAUGCUUUAUUUCUGCACUGGUGAUAAA